CUUGAAGCAAAAAACAAAUCCCUCUCUGCAACUCCCCUUUAUAAAUCCCCCAAUUUACCACGCAAAUUUCAGCUUCACGACAUGGCCACCAAAUGCAGUAUCCCGGUGAUCGAUCUACAAGAUUUAGAUUCCCCCAACCAAUUAUCCAAAUUGAUCUCAGCAUGCGAAGAAUGGGGCUGUUUCCGGCUACUCAACCACCACGAAGUCCUCCCAUCGACGCUGAUGUCGGAGAUGAAGGCGGUGGUCAGAUCACUCUUCGAUUUACCGGUGGAGAUCAAGCGCCAGAACACCGAUGUCAUCACCGGAAGCGGAUAUAUGGCUCCAUCGGCAAAAAAUCCGCUCUACGAAGCACUCGGAUUGUAUGACAUGUCAUCUCCUCAAGACGUCGAUUCCUUUUGCUCUCAAUUGGAUGCUUCACCGCAUCAAAGAGAGACAAUCAUGAGAUAUGCUGGAGCAGUACAUGACCUAUUUAUGGGGAUCGUAGGGAAAUUAGCCGAAGGUCUAGGGGCCAAAAGUGAAAAUAUCGGAUUCGAGAAUUGGCCAUGUCAAUUCAGGAUAAACAAAUACCACUUCACCCCUGAAAGUGUUGGUUCCCCUGGCGUCCAAAUACACACAGACUCCGGUUUCCUCACCAUCCUCCAAGACGAUGAAGGCGUCGGCGGUUUAGAAGUCAUGAACAGCUCCGGCGAGUUCAUCGCCGUCGAUCCCUGGCCAGGCACCCUUCUCGUUAACCUCGGCGACAUGGCAACGGUUUGGAGCAAUGGAAGAUUUUGUAACGUGAAGCAUAGGGUGCAGUGUAAAGAAGCGAAGAUACGUGUUUCGAUUGCGUCGUUCCUUUUAGGGCCGAGAGAGGCGGUGGAACCGCUGCCGGAGCUUGUGGAUGAUAAGCACCCCCGUGUGUAUGUGGCCACCACCUACGAAGAGUACAGGAAGCUAAGGUUCUCGACGAAGCUGCAGGCAGGCGAAGCUCUUGCACUCUUGUACACAUCAAGCUCCGAUAAGUGAUGAACCGUGGUUCAAAACUUCAAAUCAGUCGCAUUUUAUUGAGAAAAUGUUGCAAUAUAUGUUAGAAAACAUGAAUAUUACAUAUUUAAUAUUUAAUAUUAAUAUGGCAUAGUGCCUAAAUAAUUUUUUAAAA